UAUAUAGUAAAGUAGAAGCGUUUAUCCAGUCAUUCAUUCCGCGUAACGGUAACCUCGCGGUGAAGGCACCGACUCUGAUUCAGAAACACGCCUGUUCCUUCUGUAUAAUAGGGGGCGGCCGGAAUUAGGUACCCAAUUCAAAAAGGGAGGCAAAGAUUACAAAUCCCACACAAAUUACCGUUACAGAUUGUUUAAAGGCGCAGGGUGCCGAGUGAUCACAUUCAGUAAAGUAUUUGCAGAGAUUAUUCGGGGAAAGGAAGAGCAGGAAGAGCAUGGAUCAGAGCAGUAAGAAAAAGGAGGAGCAUGAAGAGCAUGGAUCAUAUGUGCAGGUGCCGCUUUCGGGAGGGCACAGCGAGGACUAUGCGCCCUAUCCCAAAUUGAACGUGGAAGAUGAAGAGGGAGUGGGAGUUGGAGUGAGUCCCCGCGGCGGAACUUCCAUGAUGGGAUCACCUUCAAAUCCAAACUCCCAUCCCGUCAAUCAGCAGGCUGCCACUUGGGUUGCGGGGGAUCAUCUUUCUUCUACUCCUCAACCUCAUCCCCAACAGGAUCAACUCAGCACCCUUCCACAGAACAAUCCCUAUGUGGCCACCGCGCCCGCACCUGCUGCGUCUAAGAGUUCCGUGGAUUCAGUUCGUGAUACUUUAGGCAAAUGGGGGAAGAAGGUAGGGGAGGCCACAAAAAUGACAGGGGAGAUAGCUGGAAAUGUUUGGCAGCAUUUGAAAACAGGUCCCAGUCUUGCUGACACAGCUAUGGAGAGGAUUGCUCAAGGGACCAAAGUGCUUACAGAAGGAGGCUAUGAAAAGAUUUUCCGUCAGAGCUUUGAUAAUCUCCCUGAAGAAAAACUACUGAAGACAUAUGCUUGCUACUUGUCAACCUCUGCUGGGCCUGUCAUAGGAACACUAUAUUUGACCGACGUGAAGAUUGCUUUCUGCAGUGACAACCCCCUUUCUUAUAAGGUCAAUACAGACAAGACUGAAUGGAGUUUUUACAAGGUGGUUUUACCUCUAAAUCAACUGAAAGCUGUUAAUGCUUCAUCAAACAAGACCAAACCAUUAGAGAAAUACAUCCAGAUCGUUUCCACUGAUAACCACGAGUUUUGGUUCAUGGGUUUUGUAAACUAUGACAAAGCAGUGAAGAACCUGCAAGGAAUAUUGACAAAGGAAGGCCCACAAUCAUCUGGUGGACAAUUUGAAACUAUUUAAUUAUAUGACUUGUUUCUGAUCAUAGUUGAUCAAUGUUGGGGUGUUCUUGUUUAUCAUGGUAAAUCUCAUGUAUAUUCGUUAAUUCAAUGCAUAUCUUUGUGGACGUACUUCUGCUGGUUCAUAUCUUUUUGUCUCUCCUGUGAGAAAAAUAGACUGGCAGCUAAUAAUAUAUUUUCAAGAACUGCCUCCCAUGCAUAAUAUUUAUACUGUUAGCAUACGGUCUGCUUGCUAUAAGCUAAAGAGUGUACCAGGAAUUCAAGGAAAUUUGUUUAAUUGUUGAAAAUUAGUAGCA